UUAUCCUGGGGAUAAGAAAGACGUUAAGUCGGCUUAAUCAUAUGAUGAACUACGUUCUCUCGUCCGGUUACCAGUCCAUGUUGGGUAUGGGGUUAGUUAGCCAGUUAUUUGUUUUCAGAAGCAUGGACUUAAUUAAUGUGUGUCUAUCGGGUCGGUUUACAAUCCAUAAUUACAUGCUGAGGUUAUAUUAACCAUUACCCACAGUAGGUAUUUUGAUCAGUUACCCGUACCCUUUCUGUAUGUGCUAAUGGAUAAGCCGUCUUAUCGGCUCUCCUCUCCCUCGGGAUAAAUAUGUAAAUCCUAAUGCGGCUGAAAGAUUCAACUUGUUAGUUACUCCUCCAACUUAGGAACUUUUGUUGAGAAAGAACGUGAUAUGAUUAGGUUAAUUUGUCAGCUUUUUCUUCUCCAGAUGAAUAUGAACGUUUUACCCGACUCCAGUAAGGUAUGCCUGUACAUCUCGAGUCUGCGCGGCGGUGUGGCUCAUCGUGCUUAGCGUUAGGAAUACGCUCGCCACCCAACCUCUGAUUACUCUGCGUGGGUUUGAAUCCAACGCAGGGAUGAUUAGGUGCGAGAGAAUUGCUGGACUCCUCUCCGCCGCAGGGUGGUUCCACUUAGUUAUAAAUUCGUAAGUGCUAUCCAUGUCACUGAUUUGUCACAAUUAUCACUUAAUGCCCUUCAAUAAAAUCCGGGGUACGUCGAUGGCUGCAUGCGUACAUUAUCAUGUUUGCGCAUUGAUUAGUCAAUAUUUACCAAAAUAGUAAUUACGCGUAAGGUUAUCAUUCUGGCUUCGAUACAGAUAUAUAACUGCCGCUGAUCUUCUUUGGUCAUGAAGCUGUCGAAAAGAACUAUUUCUUUUUUGGUAGCAGUUGUGUCUUUGGUGAUCGUUUGUUCUGUAGCUGUUCUUUGCGUCAUCCUUCUCCCAGUUGAAGAAGAGCAUAGUCCCGAUUUGUCUGGACGGGAUUUUUCAUUUCGUGUUACAACGAGUGGCGAAAUAAUAUGGACGGAUACAAAAACGGGGAGCAAGAAAUUAGGUAUACAGUCAAACAUUCGCGGACAAAGCGACUGCAAAGACAGUGUGUGCCAUCACGGUAUACAUUACCUGGAAGAUAAAUCGCCUGGCGAAGUUGAGUGUUACGAGGUCUUUUCAUCGAAGGACACCACGGAGGAAAAUCUCGAAGUACAAGAUUGUGUAUUUUUUGAAGAGGCUGAAGACAACGAGAAAGUCUACUGGUACGGAGGUUCUGAACUGUACUUGCAGCGCUGGCCUAUAAAUGAGGUUAACAAAAGAGCCUUUGAAGUGUAUCUAUCAACUGACCUACCUUGGAGACAUGGCAACGUAUUGGAACGAUAUUGGUUGUCUUCUAACGGCGCGGCGAUUUUUGUAUACUCGAACGUUCCUUUGUCAGUCAGUCAAACUGCUAACGAGACAAUUUGUUUUCGUGCAGCAUAUAAUAAUACUUAUUAUUUUGGACUCGAUUAUUCUCCAUCGUCUACAAACGAUACCUUUUCAAACACAAAAACCGAAUUACGAUACGCUGUGUGUCUCUCUAAUGACGCUACGGCUACCCACGAGGCAAUGCUCGAAUCAAGAACGAACAAUAGCUCUGGAUUUAUAGACAGGCCAACAGGUCUACCUGAUACCAGAAUGUUCCAGGAUCCAAUCUGGUCAACAUGGGCGAGGUACAAAGAAGACAUCAACCAGAGCAUAGUCGAGAAUUUCGCAGAGGAAAUUAUUGGAUAUAAUUUCACAAAUGCUCAACUAGAAAUCGAUGACGGAUAUGAGACGUAUUACGGCGACUUUACAUUCGAUGAAACAAAGUUUCCAGAUGCUGUAAAAAUGAUCAAAUAUCUGCAUGACAAGGGAUUCAGGGUAACGACUUGGGUUACACCUUUCAUUAACCAAAGAUCCAAUAACUUUAUACCUGGACGAACCAGAGGAUAUUUUAUCAAAUCAUCAGAGACUGACAACUCUCCGGAUUUAGUAGUAUGGUGGAACGGAAUUGGUGCUGUCAUUGAUUUUUCAAACGAGGACGCAACGACGUGGUAUGAAAAGUUAUUGCAGGACGUAAAGAAAGAUUAUGGAAUAGAUUCAUUCAAAUUUGACGCUGGCGAAACAAACUACGUACCUCGUAAAGGGCACACUAAGAAAAAAAUUCACAACCCCGGUGACUACACAACAUAUUAUUCAAUGUCUGCUUUUAACCAAGGAGGAAACAUGAUGGAAAUGAGAUCAGCCUGGAAGACACAAUCAUUUCCAUUUUACAUGAGAAUGAUGGACAAGGGUUCUAGAUGGGGUGGAUUCAAAGGCAUAAGAACUGUCAUUCCCACAGCGCUGACUUUUGGCAUCAUUGGAUACCCUUACGUGCUACCUGAUAUGAUUGGAGGUAAUGCGUAUGGAAAUCUCAAACCUGAUAAAGAAUUAUUUAUUCGAUGGCUUGAACUUACUGCUUUUCUUCCAGUAAUGCAAUUUUCUAUUACGCCAUGGGAUUACGAUCUUGAGGUGACGGCACUUGCAAAAUUUUAUGUUGACCUCCAUCGAACUGUGAUAUAUGAUGAGAUAAUGAGAGUUUCACAAAAAUAUGUAGACGGUACAAGUAACUUUAUGCCUGUAAGUCCAAUUUGGUACUGCGCUGCACUCGAUGAAACAGAAGCUUUUGCUAGUAGCGACCAAUUUUUAGUUGGUGAAAGAUAUCUUGUUGCUCCAAUUGUAAAUGAAGGAGCAAUAAAAAGAGACUUGUAUUUGCCGAGGGGGAAGAACAAAGAGCCUAUACUAUGGCGUGACAUGUUACAUCCGGAAGAAGACCUUUUUAGAGAAGGGGGGCAGUGGGUUAAAGAUUAUCCGGUGGAACUUCAUGAAAUAUCCUGGUGGGAAAACAGCAAAUUUGCAGAAAAAUGAUUUAUAUAUUAGAGAUGUUCAAACUUAUAUUUUAAAUUAGUAUCUUUAUGACGAAUUAUGUUUAAGAUAAAUGUACGAGAGUGAAAAAAUGCGUAUGUACUUCUAUGUGUAUAACCAAACCGUUUAUUUUUCAUGCCAUGCGUUUCAGCAGCCUCUUUAGAGUCAAAGUUGAUCGACUUGCAGUGUUACAUAGAUACCCGUUAAAUAAAAAAAAUGGAGAUCGGCUCAACGUGACUCAUUUUCAUCCCACUGCUUGGCUUAUCUUUCAAUAUGAUACCGUCAAUAAUGUAUGUUAAAACUUUCAGUUUGAAUAAUACUAUGAAAUAUUAUGUUUCAAUGCCUGUCCGUAAGUUACAAGCAGUUACCAUGAUUAAAAACCAGG